UUUAGUAUCUGUCCUGGUAGCUCAUUUGUUUGGGUGGGCUGCACCCAGGGCUGCCUGAGGUCCCAGCUGGGCACCAUGGAGCCCUGGCUUGAGGUGGUGGUGGUGGCUGCCGGUUCCCCGGGGCUGGGCUCGGACAGGGAGGGGUGCUCCCCGGCUAGGAAGAGACCUCGCCGCUCCCCACCUCAGACAGAGACCCCCAUGGAGUGGGAGCCCCCGCAGCCAGCUGGUCGGGAUCCCCCCACAUGGGGUACCCCCAGCUGGCCAUGCUCCGUUUCCCCCGGCCACUGGGCCACCGACCACUGGGACCCAGCUCACGAGUGGCCCAAGGAACCGGCUGGGCCAAGAAAGUUGGCAGAUGAAUCCGCACCAGCCUCAGGGGUCCCCCCCAGGCCAGCCCCACACAGCAGCCAGUCACAGCCAACCGCACGCUCGGAUCCCGGGUCCUCUGCCCCCUGCCCUGGAACAGGCGACCUGGCCCGCCAGCGGCGGAAGAAGCCUGCUCUGUCGAAGAGCUGGAAAUCCAUGGGAAACAGAGGCCUUGCAGCCAUCGUCCCCCUGGUGCAGGGCAUCCUGUCGGCCUUCGCUUCGGGCCUGAGGCUGGCAAAGCUGCUGGAGCUCAUGAGGAACCAGCAUGGGGUCGACGUGGAGACGCUGUGCCACGCUGCGAGCGCCGCGGACGUCCUGGGGCUGCUGGCCCAGGUGCCUGGGCUGCGGGUGUGCACCCCUGAGAGAGGCCCCCAGUGCCUUAUCCAGCUUGAGAGAGCGUCAGCAGAUGAAUCCGCACCAGCCCCAGGGGGCCCCCUCAGUCCAGCCCCAUGCAGCAGCCAGUCACAGCCAGCCCCGCGCUCGGAUCUCGGGUCCUCUGCCUCCUUCUGCCCCGAAAGGGGGGACCUGGCGCGCCAGCGGCCGAAGAAGCCCGCUCGGUCGAAGAGACGGAAAUCCAUGGGAGACAGAGGUGUGGCUGUCACCCUCGCCCCCUUUCUGGGGCAUGUCCUGCGCCCCUUCCCCAUGGGCCUGGGGCUGCCCAAGCUGCUGGAGGCCGUGCGGCGGGACCACGACCUGGACCUGGUGGCGCUGAGCCGGGAAGCAGGAAUUGGCAGACGAAUCCGCACUAGCCCCCGGGGGCCCCCCCAGUCCAGCCCCAUGCAACAGCCAGUCACAGCCAGCCCCGCACUUGGAUCCUGGGUCCUCUGCCUCCUGCCACCCCGGAACGGGGGACCUGGCACGCCAGCGGCCGAAGAAGCCUGCUCGGUCAAAGAGACGGAAAUCCAUGGGAGACAGAGGUGUGGCUGCCACCCUCGCCCCCUUUCUGUGGAAUAUCCUGCGCCCCUUCCCCCUGGGCCUGGGGCUCCCCAAGCUGCUGGAGGCCGUGCAGCGGGACCAGGACCUGGACCUGGUGGCGCUGAGCCGGGAAGCAGGGUACGAAGACGUGCUGCGGCUGCUGGGGCAGGUGCCCGGGAUCUGGCUACACAAGUCGUCGAGAGGCAGCACGUACACCGUGCGCCUCCACGCAGGUGGGCUGGUGGAGGAGAUGUUUGCCCCUCUCCCUUCUACACAGAGUCUGUGACCCUCUGGAUCCACCCACCCGCUGUCGGCCCCCCCGGCUCAGGCUCCCAGCAAACUCAGGCAGGCGUCGGCUGCAGCUGUCUUGUGUUUCCCAGGAGUUGGUGGCGGCGUGUGUUACGCAGGAGGUCAGACCGGAUGAUCCCAUCGGCCCUGGGGCCCUCAUUCCUCCUUCCCUGGAGGUGGGGUGUGAAGCGGGCUGGGUUUUCAUCAAAGGGGAUUUUGAUCCCCCUGCUCCCCGAAAACAAAAACAUUUAGGAAAACGCAUGUGUCUGACUCGGCUGAAAUUUCAUCCAGGAGGAAGGAAAAACUGGGUGCUUUGAGAACAGAAUCUUGAUUUUUCUUUCCCCCAC